ACCAUCCCCCACCAUCAUCAGGGUGAAGAACUGAAAGACAUCAAAGUUGAGAAUAAAGUGGAAACAGAAGAGAAGUCCGGAGAUCAGCAGUCUAUGGAGGAGGGAGAUCCUCUAUAUUCCCGGGAUUCCACACAGGAGGAUCACACCAUCCCUCACCAUCAUCAGGGUGAAGAUCGGAUUAAUAUAAAAGCUGAGGUUAAAGAAGAAGUAAUAGAGACGUAUGUGGGGGGUGAUCAGCCAAUCACGGAGGAGGUUGGGAUGAUUAUGAAAAGUGAACAGGAGGAUAUUUCUCUACCUUUCGACAUAAAUGGAUGUGAUGUGAGGAAUUCCUCGGAGAGACAUCUUCUAUUAUCUGCUGAUUGUAAGUCAGAAGAUAAUGUCAUCACACAGGAUCCUCCAGGAGGAAAUCCAAAUACACAAAAUAUAAAUCACAGACCUUCCUGUCCGGAGACAUCAAUGGAUCCCUCUGAUCAGGGGGAAUCUUCUCAUCAAUCACAUACUAUGAUUGUAAAUAUCCAUGUAAGAUCUCACACUGCAGAUAGAUCAACAGAUCCUUCUAAUCCCGAGGAAUCUUCCUCACCCCAUGAAGGAGAUCACCGAGGUGACUAUCUAUUCUCAUGUUCAGAGUGCGGGAAAUCUUUCACUCAAAAAGCACACCUUGUUAGACAUUUUAGAAUUCACACGGGUGAGCGUCCUUAUUCUUGUUCAGAGUGCGGGAAAUCUUUCACUCGAAAAGGAAACCUUACGUAUCACCAGAGAAUUCACACGGGUGAGCGUCCUUUCCCUUGUUCAGAGUGCGGGAAUUCUUUCACUAAGAAGGGAGCACUUACUAGACACCAGAAAUUUCACACAGGUGAACGUCCUUUUUUAUGUUCAGAGUGCGGGAAAUGUUUCCAUAAGAAAUCUAAUCUUGUUAGACAUCAGAGAAAUCACACGAGUGAGCGUCCUUAUUCAUGUUCAGAGUGCGGGAAAUGUUUCACUCGGAAAGGAACACUCGUUGAACACCAGAGAAUUCACACGGGGGAGCGUCCUUAUUCAUGUUCAGAGUGCGGGAAAUCUUUCAGUGGGAAAGGAAAUCUUAUUCAGCACCAGAGAGUUCACACGGUUAAGCGUACUUAUUCAUGUUCAGAGUGCGGGAAAUCUUACACUGGGAAAGGAAAACUUGCUGAACACCAGAGAAUUCACAGAGGUGAGCGUCGUUAUUCAUGUUCAGAGUGCGGGAACUCUUUCACUCGGAAAAUAAAUCUUAUUCGGCAUCAGAGAGUUCACACAGGUGAGCGUCCUUAUUCAUGUUCACAGUGCGGGAAAUCUUUUUCUGACAAAGGAAUCCUUGUUAAACAUCGAAGAAUUCACACAGGUGAGCGUCCUUUCACUUGUUCAGAGUGCGGGAAAUCUUUCACUCAGAAAGGACAUUUUAUUACACAUCUUAGAAUUCACACAGGAGAACGUCCUUAUUCAUGUUCAGAGUGCGGGAAAUCUUUCAAUCGUAAAGGAAAACUUAUUCAGCACCUGAGAGUUCACACGGGUGAACGUCCUUAUUCAUGUUCAGAGUGCGGGAACUCUUUCCGAAUAAAAGAUCAUCUUGUUAGACACCAGAUAAUUCACACGGGUGAGCACCCUUAUUCAUGUUCAGAAUGCGGGAAAUCUUUCACGAAGAAAGAAAGCCUUGUGCAACAUCAAAGACUUCACACGGGGGAGCGUCCCUAUUCAUGUUCAGAGUGCGGGAAAUCUUUUCAUAAGAAAGUAAACCUUGUGCAACAUCAAAGACUUCACACGGGGGAGCGUCCUUACUCAUGUUCAGAGUGCGGGAAAUCUUUCCUUGAAAAACGAACCCUAGUUAAACAUCAGAAAAUUCACACAGGUGAGCGUCCUUAUUUAUGUUUAGAGUGCGGGAAAUGUUUCACUGAAAAAGAAACACUUGUGAAACAUCAAAUAGUUCACAUGGGUGAGUGUCCUUUGUGAUUUUCAGAGUGCAAGAAAUCUUUCACUCCUAAAGAAUGCCUUGUUGAACAUCAGAUGAGUAUCCCUGUUUUUAUAUUCAGAGUGUGGGAAACUUUUCACUGAGAAAGGCAACCUUCUGCAGCACCAGAGAAUUCAUAUGGGUGCGCUUUCCUCAGGCAUAUUAAACUAUAUAUGUUAUACUUCUCUGCUCUUUGUAAUGGUUUUGCACAGAGCAGCCCCGAUCCUCCUCUUUUCAGGUCCCUCGCUGGUGCUUUUAGCCCCUCCCACCUGCUGAAUGCCCUCAGAGUAAAGCGCUUGCUAUGGGGUCAAUCAAGCUGGCUCAUUCCUGAGCUGCAGCUCUGUGAGUCCAUUCAGGCAUGGAGCAUUGGCCUACCCUCUCUCUCCCUUUAUUGGCUCACUGGCUGUGAUUAACAGCAGUGGGAGCCAAUGCCUCCUCCUGCUGCUGCUGCCUCAGCCAUUGAGGAGAAAGAGUCCCUGGAGAAACGGGGCACUCGUGCACAUCAUUGGAUCGAGAUGGUCAGAGCUGUCGGAGAAUGUAGUGUGGAUGGUGGAGGAGAUCUGUCGGAGAAUGUAGUGUGGAU